AUGAGCUGCAGCAUCAACAGCAGUGACACCAACCAGAGUGCCAUCAACAGCAGUGACACCAACCAGAGUGACACCAACCAGAGUGCCACCAACAGCUGUGAGACCAACCAGAGUGCCACCAACAGCAGUGACACCAACCAGAGUGCCAUCAACAGCAGUGACACCAACCAGAGUGCCACCAACCAGAGUGCCUACCAACAGCUGGCAAGACCAACUAGAGCAUCAGCAACGAGUGACACCAACAGAGUGCCAUCAGCAGCAGUGACACCAGCAGGUGCCAUCAGCAGCAGUGACACCAACCAGAGUGCCAUCAGCAGCAGUGACACCAGCAGAGUGCCAUCAACAGCAGUGACACACCAACAGGGUGCCAUCAACAGCAGUGGCCACCAACCAGGAAGUGCCACCAACGGCUGGAACCAACCAGAGUCACCAUCAACAGCAGUGACACCAACCAGAGUGCCACCAGCAGCUGUGGAUAACCAGAGUGCCAUCAGCAGCGGUGACACCAACCAGAGUGCCAGCAGUCACGACCUGUAUGAUCUAAACAACGACCACAACAUUGACCUACAUCACGACCACAACAUCGACCUUAGCAACGACCACAACAUCGACCUAAACAAUGACCACAACAUCGACCUAAACAAUGACCACAACAUCGACCUAAACAAUGACCACAACAUCGACCUUAGCAACGACCACAACAUCGACCAAAACAACGACCACAACAUCGACCAAAACAACGACCACAACAUCGACCUAAAUAACGAUCACAACUUCGACCUAAAUAACAAUCACAACUUCCAUCUUAACAACGACCACAACAUCGACCUAAACAACAACCACAACAUCGAAAAUACGACCCAGACAGGAGCUCAACCAUCCAGUUUAAACCUUAUCUCUAAAGGUCGGGUGCGGGGGCCGAGGGGAUUCAACUCUCGCCUCCUGUCCUAG